CCAACAGACCAGGAUCUGCUGCCAACAAAACAGAAAGUUAACACCGUUCACUAUGUAUCACCUGAGGGUGCCCGUGCUCGUCCUCGUGCUGCUUGUGUUGCUGCGCUGUGUCACCACCGCCCCAAGCCACAGGUACUUCAGUCCCAGCUCAUCCAGUGAGCAGGAAAGUGCUCUCCCAGACGUUGAAGGCUGGUUAGCUCCGGGCCUAAUGUCUAACCCAUUCCUCGACCUCAUGGGUGUGAGGCCGCGAAGGGGGCUUACAGCUAUGAACAGCCACCACAUAGAGAAGAGGAAGUGCAACACAGCCACCUGCGUCACCCAGAGGCUAGCAGACUUCUUGGUGCGCUCCAGUAACACAAUCGGUACCGUCUACGCUCCGACCAAUGUGGGAUCUGCCACCUACGGCAAGAGGGACCUACUGCAGCCGCCCAGCUAUCUGCCUCUCUAACAAAUGUGGACUCCUCACACUAGCACUCCCGGUGCUCUGAUUAUAUAACCAGUCAUUCUGUGUAACAAUGGUUGUGAGAAUGGUGUUAAUAAUGAUGAAAAUGAUGGCGAUGAUU